AUGUCGACUAGCGGCAAACUCACCGACUGGGUCAAGCCCGGCGACAAGACGGGAGAGUACAAGCGACAGGUCAGCUCGUUCCGCGACUCGAUCUCUCGCGAGAGUGGUGCCAAGUACCCACCCGAGAAGGGGCGUUAUCACCUCUACGUGAGCUAUGCAUGCCCAUGGGCUCACCGCACCCUGAUUACGAGGAAGCUCAAGGGCCUUGAUGAAUUCAUCUCCUUUUCCGUCGUGCACUGGCAUCUCGCCGAAGGCGGAUGGCGCUUCGUGACCAAGGAUGAGAAGUUGCCGGGCGACAACGUAGUGCCCGAUCCCAUGGAGGGGCACGCCACGUUCACCCACCUCCGACAGGUGUACUUUGAAUCCAGCAAGGAUUACGAGGGCCGCUUCACCGUCCCAGUCUUGUACGACAAGAAGACGAAGACGAUCGUGAACAACGAGAGCAGCGAAAUCUUGCGCAUGCUCUCGACGGAGUUCGACGACUUGAUCGACGAAAAGUUCCGCAAGGUUGUCCUGUAUCCGGAGAACUUGCGAGCGGAAAUCGACGAGACGAACACGUGGACGUACGACCUCAUCAACAACGGCGUCUACAAGUCCGGCUUCGCGACGACGGCCGAGGCGUACGAGCGCAACGUCAUCGCCCUGUUCGAGGCGCUCGACAAGGCGGAGAAGCACCUGGGCAGGCAGAAAGAUGGUCCCUACUACUUUGGAAAGAACCUGACCGAGGCCGACAUCCGGCUGUACGUGACGCUCGUGCGCUUCGACCCCGUCUACGUGCAGCACUUCAAGUGCAACAUCCGGGACAUCCGUUCGGGCUACCCGCAACUGCACCGCUGGAUGCGCAAUCUGUACUGGAAGCACGAGAGCGGCGCGUUCAAGGCGACGACGCAGUUCGAGCACAUCAAGUUUCACUACAUGCGAAGCCAUACGCAGAUCAACCCGCUGUCCAUCGCCACCGUCGGACCGCUGCCGCACAUCCUACCUCUGGACGAGGAGGUAGCCGCCGUCGCUGCCGCUCUGGGACCAAAGGUUGGUGACUGCAGCGGUGGAAAGAUGGAUGCAUCCUCCUAUGGAUUCCUGCUUCCUACAUAUUACCUAAACGUCCGUCACCACACAUCAUCCUUUCCGACACCUUCUGCUGUUGUGACGGGCCACGUUUACCGAUGGGCAUCACAGCCUCACCGCCCUGAUAUGGCCUUUCGAUACUCAGCAGAUUUUCUGCUGCACCUGCGGGAUUCGCCACUAUGCACCCGACCAGAUAACUUGCCCCCGACGGACGAGUGGAUGGGUGCACCGCUUGAACAGCUCCGUGCUCAAAACAGAACGACAAAUGACAGGUCCCGUACGAAUGACGUCUCGCUUCUCGACCAAGGCAACCGACGCUCCGCCGUCGAUCGCCAGGUAUCGCGCAACACCGGUAACCCCGAUGAAAUUGUCUUUGGCCCACCCCGCACCGCGUUUGCCUCCGCGCGAGGCAUAAAGUCCUCGGACAAUGAUAAGGGUGGCAAGGAAUCCGACGGACAGGGUCGGGCUGGUCUUCGAGUCCGAAGCGGUGAAGUUGAUGCCGAUCGACUGCGUGACGGACGGACGCCGAUCCGCCGCGGCGAUGCUGACCAGGACAGCGAUGGCUGGAGCACCGUGAAGCCUCGCAAGAGUUUCGGUACCGAUGGCGCCGAGCGCUUUCACGGCAAGAUGGGCGGCAACUUCCGGGAUGACAGACGCUCCCAGAAGGAUCGGGACGAUAGAGACGCGACGCGAGAUCGUCAAACGAGAACCUUGGACGGUGGCAAUCGAGACAAGGAUGGUGCCGAUUCCGACAGCCGCCCACGCAAUGGAACGACGAGAAACAAGCUCGACACCUGGCGAUCAGGCAAUGAUGCCAAGGAAGCUCCCGCCGCGACGGAGAAGCGUGACCGCGACCGAACAAAAAGCUGGCGCGAUCGUGAUCGUGACGCCGACGCCUCGGACGACCGUCCCGCCGGCAGGACCACCGACAGACGCUGGGGCCGUGACCGAGAUCAGAGGGUCGAGCGUGAGCCCGAGUGGCUCGACGAGCCUCAGGUGGACCAGCGGGAAGCCCACACGCAGCAAGACUUCCAGAAAUGGAUGGAGCAGAUGAAGGCCGCUAAGAGCGGUAAUUCUCCUGCCGCAAGGGGUCCUCCCGCCCCAACCGAGGCCGCCGUCGACCCUUCGAAGCCUCAAGCAGCAUCCUCGUCCGCCGCCGACGCACCUGACAAGUUCUUCAUGGCCUUUGGUUCCACCCCGAACAUGGAAGUCACGAGUCCGCCCGAGCAGACGGACGCGAGCAGCAAAGCGAAGGCGGCCGGCAAGUCCUCGCGCUUCACUUCCUUCUUUGCCCAGCCCCAGCCCGAUGGCCGGUCAAGGACCGAGGCCGCCACGCCUCUCGCCGGACCGCCUGCCAGCCUGCUCUCCGCAAUGGCCGGAGCAGGUCAGCCGCCGGGGACCGCUGGCGCGCCCGAGGAGGAACGCCAAGCCUUCCAGCAGCUCCUUGCCAAGUUGCAGAAGCAGAGCCUGGCCGCCACACCGCCAGAGGCGCCUCCCUUUUCUGCUCCCCCACAGCGCAACCCUAUGGAGAUGGGGAAGCAGGCCGGACAGGCGGAGCCUCCCCAGCAGUUUGGCGCCGAGCGACGCGAUGGUCCUCCGGCCAACCACCCUCCAGCUCAGCAACCCCGAGAUAUCCUUACUCCUCAGCCGCAACCCCAGGGCACCCGCCCCGACCAGCUGCUGCAAGACCUCGUUGGCCAUCACAACCGGGUUAGUAGCCAGGGGUCGAUGCGGGUCGAUCCGAACACGGUUCGAAACACCAGCAACACCGAGUUCCUCAUGAACCUCAUGAGACCUGCCUCCGACCUGCAGCAUUCGGACCUGCAGGCACGCCUGCAGCAGGCGCAGCAGCCCCAGAAGCCGCCGCCGCCCAUGGCUCCCUACGGCGAACGCGAGCCCGAGUUUCCAGGCAGGGAGAACCGUCAAGCCCCGCGCCAGGGACGACCUCAGCCGCCACCCGGAUUUCUCAUGGACGAAUCCUUCCAUGCGGACCCGGAUCAGCGACAGGGCCAAACUCCUCAGAUCUUGCAGCGGCCUAUGCCUCCACCUGGUUUGGACCAGAUGCCUCCCGAAUGGAUGGCAAGAGGGCAGAUGCCGCCGCCUCAGCAGCGCCCGCCGAUGGGUCCGCCACCUGGAUUGGCCGCCGGGCUGGGUCGCAGCAUGCCCGUGCCGCACAUGUUUCCUCCCAACUUUCCUCCCGGGGCCAUGCCUCCUCCGCCGGAAGCCAUGAGCGGGAUGCCGCCUCGCAACAUGCCGCUGCCACCACCGGGCUUCUUCGCUGGCCCGCCACCGCAAGGCUUCAUGCCCCCGGGCCUAGCUGGGUUUAAUGGGCCUCCCGGCCCAGACUCGCACGGCUUCACCGGACCACCCUUUGAAGCACGUGGCAUGCCUCCCCCCGGUAACCGUGGAGCAAGCUAUGGCCGGCCUUAG